AAAAUUAAAUCGUCAACCUCGAAGUGCAAAAAAUGAUAAUAUUGAAUCAUCAUCAUCAUCAUCAACAACAAUAAUAAAACAAUUUACAAUAUUAGCAUUAUUACCUGGUGAAAAUGCACCGCUUAUAACAAGAGCAUUACGUGAUGGCCAAUCAAAAUGGGAAAUAUCAACACAUCGUUCUGAUUAUUGGAAUGAAUUUAUUAAUAAAACUGGAAUGUCAUCUAUGAAUAAUAAUAAUAAUGUACAAUUAUCACCAUUACGUGCUUCCGAUAUUCAAUUGACAGUUUAUUCUGAACCAAUACAAAAUGAUACUGAACGUAUAUUAACAUCAACAUGUGAAUGGAUUAAAAUACAUAAACCGGCAUUAAUAUUAUCAUUAUUAGAUCCAUAUCGGUCAUUUUAUGUGGCAAUGAUUGCACAACAAUCAUUAAUACCAUUCAUUUCAAUGACACAGAAUUAUCAAAAUGAAAUCAAUCCUAUUACACCAUCAUCAUCAUCAUCAUUGACAAUAACAAAAAAUGAAGAAAAAGAAGAAGAAGCUAAACUGGAUAAUGAUCAACGUUUUCCACAGAAUAUAAAUCAAAAUUAUUGGUUACCACCACCACCAUCAUCAUCAUCAUCAUCAUUACGUUUAUCAUUAGAUCCACCAAUACAAACAUUGGCCGAUGCAACAUUUAAAUUAUUGCGUACACAAUAUUGGUUUGAUGCCUUAUUAAUCAUUGAUGAAUCAAUUGUUUCUGAUCAAUUUGCUCGUCGAUUAACUUCAUUAUGUGAUUCAUUUCGUUAUGAAUAUGAACAACAACACCUUAUCAUCAUCAUCAUCAUUAUGAUGGUGAUGGUGAUGGAAAGCUCAAUUCCAGAGAAAAACUUUUAUCAAAACGAUUUAGCCAUGAAUCCAUUUAUUCUUCAUCAUCAUCAUCAUCCAUCAUCAGAAUCGCAAUAUGACACUUUUGAUUGGAUGGAAUUGAAACGUUCGUCGAUCAAAAAAAGUGCCAUGUUAGCUGAUACAUUAUUACAUAAGCCUAUCGAAACCAUCACCACCACCACCACCACUACUACUUCUACCCCUAAAUCAUCAACUAUGGCCGAUACAGAUAAAGAUACAACGACUUUUUUUACUAAACAAGAUGAUGAUGAUGAUGAUGAUGAUGUAAAAUCAGAAUCAAUAUUUGAACAACAACAACAACAACAACAACAAUCGUUGAAAUAUGAUAGAAUAAUACGAAGAAGAGGAAUAAAAUCUAAAAAACCAUCAAGUGCCAAACAACAACAAGAAAUUCGUCAAUUAAAAGCUGGUCUUUUAAUGUCCAUAUGGAAAAAUCUCAUGAUCAUACGUGUAUCUAAAUCUUUACCACAAAAAGAGUUUUAUUUACGUAUGGCCGAAAUACAGACAACACAUCGUCGUAUUGUAUUAGUACAUUGUGAUAAACGUACAAUGAAACGUGUUAUUCAUAAUGGACGUGAAUUAGAUUUAUUUAAUGGUGAAAAAAUUUGGAUUCUAUUGGAUGGUCGUCUAGGACCUGAUGAAAAAUUCGAUACUAUUUCAUCAUCAUCAUCAUCAUCAUGGUUCAAUGGUGAUGGUGAUGGCGUUAAUGGAAAACAAGAUGAUGAUCAUCAUAUGGACAGUGUCAAUGAUAAUGAUCAACUACCAUUACCAGUUGGAAUGUUAGCCAUACAGAAUCGUCAUCGUAAAAUUUAUGAUCCAGAAUUAUUAGAUUCAAUAGUAGAAUUGAUGGGCAAAGCAGCAUUAAAUUCUUAUCAACUACGGCUAUUACAGAAACAAUAUCCAAAAUCUAGAACAUUAUUUCAAAAUCAAAAACAAAUCAACAACAACAACAACAAUAAUAUAAUAAUAAAAAGAAACCCUUCGGUUAUUAUACAUCAAGUGCCUUUAAAUCAUCACCAUCAUCAUUAUCGUUAAUUUCAAAUAAUUCAUCAUCAUCAUCAUCAUCAAUUGUAACUAAACCAACAUCUUCAUUACCCAUGAAGCCUUUCAAUGAUGAUAAAAAACAGCGUGAAAAUUUAAAACAAAAAAAAUCAUCAACAUCAACAUUGUUACAUAGUUUGUCAUCAUUAUCAUCUGUGAAUACUGGUUGUAUAGAUUCGGCUGCGAAUUAUACAAACGAACAAAUUGAUUAUCGUAUCGAUAUUUUACGUGAACUACAAAAAUUAUUGAAUCCAAUAUUGGCUAGAUAUCGUCAUCAUAAUCGUUUUUCACGUUGUUCACAACAAUGGCCUUGGUAUUCGGUUGCAAAUAAUAAUAAACAUCAUCAUCAUCAAACAGCAAACAACAACAACA